UUGAUGGCAAUGACCUGGUGCCGAGUCAGAUUUGGCAAGCGGGGCGGGAAGGUUAAGAGGGUGGUGGGCACCUAGGUGCUUGGUUUCUGACUGAGCCAUCGGGAGGGGACCACCUUCUCUUGAGUGGCCUUCUGUGGGCAAGUCAGACUGUGGUUUGGCCUUUUAUUUGCUCAUUACUUCAACAAACAUUGACCAGGUUUCUGUGCCCCAGCCUUGGGUUUGACCUUGACGUGGGACUGAACGUGAGGUGAUGGAAAUUGGCAGACUUUUGUGGAAGCAGAAGGGACAGCUCCCCACCCCUUGUGCAAACAGCAGGGCGUCUGGAGUAGACCCUCGGGUUCAGGUUCUGGCCCCAGCACUCAGCAGUUGGGUGAUCGUGAACCUCAAAUCAUUUUUUUAGGAUGGGAAUAGUCAUCUCCAUUUCCCUAGGGUGCUGGCAUGAUUUGGUGAUGUCCCCAUUGGGGUGCUUGGCCCACAGGAAGGACUCAGUGAGCAUGAAGUCUCUUCUGCAGGAUGUGGAGCCAGCAUGGUGGUGAUGAGGGGCUCAGGUGCAGUGGCCCUGGGGCAUGGAACUCCUCUGGAAAGCUCUACCAUUGGUGUCUAUGUCUGAGCAGGGGUGCUGCCUGCUGGGGACCCAAUGAAGCCCCAAAUCAGUGAGAGGAGUGGUCAUUGGUCAGGGCCCUGCUAUAGGCAUCAGCCUGCAAGCCCCCACUGUACCCUCUACACGCACUGGGUCAGCCCAUUUUGCAGAUGAGCCAAUGGACCUAGAGAGGUCACUGAGGUGCCCAAGGGUACAUCCACACCCCAACAGUCUUAAAUCUUAGUCCUCUACUGUUCCCAAACCUUGGGGAAUUCCUCUGCCUCCCAGCCCCUUUCCUGGUUCUCUCUCCCUCGCUGCUAAAAUGGAGGGUUUGGGUCUGACAGCCUGAGUGGAUCCUGGCAGCUCAGCGUGUGGUCAGGGCCACACCCUACUGCAUGCUGUGCUCCCUGGGUGGGCUUUGCUCCUGCAGAACUCCAGAGGAUGGGGGCUGCACCCGGGGGUUACCUAGUCCUGGGUCCCCAUGUGUGUUAUCGUCUGGGAGGGCCGGGAAAGCAAGAUGCCAGACUUGGGUGAGUUGGUCUGAGGCUGGAGGGGAAGCCCAGGCCUACUGACAGCAGGCUCAUUGCAGAUGAGGAUGACGUGCACAGAUGUGGCCGCUGCCAGGCGGAGUUCACUGCCUUGGAAGACUUCGUUCAGCACAAGAUUCAGAAGGCCUGCCAGCGGGCCCCUCCGGAGGCCUUGCCCGCCACCCCUGCCACCACUGCACUCCUGGGCCAGGAGGUGGUGGGCACAUCAAAGAGGUCAUCGUGGCUGCUGAAGCAGAGCCAGGGGACAGUGAGAUGGCGGAGGCCCCAGGCAGCCCCCACCAGCAGGGGCUGGGGCUUGCCGGGGAGGGCGAACAGGCCCAGGUCAAGCUGCUGGUGAAUAAGGACGGCCGCUACGUGUGCAUGCUGUGCCACAAGACCUUCAAGACGGGCAGCAUUCUCAAGGCCCACAUGGUCACCCACAGCAGCCGCAAGGACCACGAGUGCAAGCUCUGCGGGGCCUCCUUCCGCACCAAGGGCUCGCUCAUCCGGCACCACCGGCGGCACACGGACGAGCGCCCCUACAAGUGUGCCAAAUGUGGAAAGAGCUUCCGGGAGUCGGGUGCGCUGACCCGGCAUCUCAAGUCUCUUACCCCAUGCACGGAAAAAAUUCGCUUCAGCAUGAGCAAGGAUGUGGUUGUUGGCCAAGAGGAUGUGCCUGCAGGGUCUGGAGCCUCCGCUGUGGGGACAGUUACAUCAUCAUCGGUGACAGACGAGCCUAUGGAGACUUCGCCCGUGAUUCAUCUGGUGACAGAUGCCAAGGGCACCGUCAUCCAUGAAGUCCAUGUCCAGAUGCAGGAGCUGCCCCUGGGCAUGAAAGCCCUGGCCCCAGAGCCCCCAGUGCCUGAAGAGCUUCCCUGUGCUGGUGAGGGCGGCCGUGAGAACCUGCUGCACCAGGCCAUGCAGAACUCUGGCAUCGUCCUCGAGCGCGUGGCUGGGGAGGAAGGUGCCCUGGAUCCAGCCCCUCCCGCCGGGUCCAGUCCCCAGCCCUUGGGAGAUGGCGCCCCGGAACUGCCGCUGCUGGAGGUACAGCCGAUGGAGACACAGGUGGCCAAUGAGCCCUCAGCUGUGCCCAGGACCCACCCGUGCCCUCAGUGCAGCGAGACCUUCCCAACGGCAGCCACCCUGGAGGCCCACAAGAGGGGCCAUGCAGGGUCGAGGCCGUUCACCUGCAUGCAGUGUGGCAAGGCGUUCCCCAAGGCCUACCUGCUCAAGAAGCACCAGGAGGUGCAUGUGCACGAGCGCCGCUUCCGCUGUGGGGACUGUGGGAAGCUUUACAAGACCAUCGCCCACGUGCGUGGCCACCGGCGCGUCCACUCUGAUGAGCGACCCUACCCAUGUCCUGAGUGUGGCAAGCGCUACAAGACCAAGAAUGCCCAACAGGUGCACUUCCGGACACACCUGGAGGAGAAGCCUCACGUGUGCCAGUUCUGUAGCCGAGGCUUCCGGGAGAAGGGCUCGCUGGUGCGGCAUGUGCGGCACCAUACGGGCGAGAAGCCCUUCAAAUGCUACAAGUGCGGCCGUGGCUUUGCUGAGCAUGGCACGCUCAACCGGCACCUGCGCACCAAAGGGGGCUGCCUGCUGGAGGUGGAGGAGCUGCUGGUGUCUGAGGAGAGCCCCGAGGCAGCUGCCACUGUCCUUGCGGAGGACCCACACACUGUGUUAGUGGAGUUCUCGUCCAUGGUGGCUGACACCCAGGAGUACAUCAUUGAGGCCACUGCAGACGAUGCUGAGACCAGUGAAGCCACGGAGAUCAUCGAGGGCACCCAGACAGAGGUGGACAGCCACAUCAUGAAGGUGGUGCAGCAGAUCGUGCACCAGGCCAGCGCCGGGCAUCAGAUCAUCGUGCAGAACGUGACCAUGGACCAGGAGGCGGGGCUGGGCCCAGAAGCAGCUGCCGCCGAUACCAUCACCAUCGCCACCCCUGAGAGCCUGACGGAGCAGGUGGCCAUGACACUGGCCUCAGCCAUCAGCGAGGGCACUGUGCUCACGGCUCGAGCAGGUGCAAAUGGCACUGAACAGGCCACAGUGACCAUGGUGUCAUCGGAGGACAUUGAGAUCCUGGAGCAUGCGGGCGAGCUGGUCAUCGCCUCACCUGAGGGUCAGCUUGAGGUGCGGACCGUUGUCGUCUAGCAUGGAGGCCUGCAGGUCCCUGGUGGCUGGAGCCGGGCCGGGGUCUCUGAGUGCCCUGCCCACGCCUGGCCUGGUAGAGAAGAUGGCACAGAACUCAGACGUGCAGAGGAGAAGGGGAGUGUAAAUAGAGUUUUUUGUUGCUUUACAAUAAAACAUGAAAACCUGCA